AAAUGAGAAGAGGAGACGCAGAAAUUGGGAAGGAGAGAUCGAAUCAAGCUGAUUAAACCUCAGCAUCGGUGCCUUCUGCCGAUUCUCCUCUUUCUUGAAGUCGACGCCGCCGUUCCCGAAUCAGGACCUCCCCUUUCCGGCUACUUCGGUGCCUUCCGCCGAUUCCCCGGUUUCUUGAAGUCGACGCCGCCGUUCCCGAAUCAGGACCUCCCCUUUCCGGCCACUUCGGUGCCUUCCGCCGAUUCCCCUGUUUCUUGAAGUCGACGCCGCCGUUCCCGAAUCAGGACCUCCCCUUUCCGGCCACUUCGGUGCCUUCCGCCGAUUCCCCUGUUUCUUGAAGUCGACGCCGUCCCGGAAUCAGGACCUCCCCCUUCCCCUCUUUUUAAAACUGCCCCGCCGAUUCCCCUCUGUCGGUCUGGUGUGAUCCUAUGUCAAUGGUAUAGUCGUCGGCAACAAUCGCAAGUUGGCGUAAAUUAAAUCCGAGUGAGUUCGAGUCACCGGAAUUGUGAAGGAUUUCAUUAUUUGGGUUACUGGGUUUUGGGCGAUUUGAUCUUUGGGGCUGCGCUUUCAGGACCAGAACAACAUUAGCAGGUGAUGGGCUUCAUGAUGGAGGAGCAUAAUCUGAAGAAUUUUGAAGAGUCCAACUCAGGACCAAAAGGGGUACAUUUGGUGGAUUCGGCUAAUUUGGAUGUCGCAUGUUUAGAAACAGAAAUUGGGAGGUUGACAUACACAGUUGAUUGCAUGGAACCCAAGUUGGAGGAUUUAAGAUUACAUGUAUUUAACUUAGAACAUGCGAUGCUUGAAAUAUUGAAGGGUGAUUGUAUUGAGGAAAUUGUUUCUGAGGUUGUCGAAAUUGUGAGUUUAAAGGCCAAUAAGACUCAUAACCUGUUGAGUCGAACUGUUGGUACAACCUUUGUGGAGCAAAUGGAUGAGGAUUUGUUUGGUGAACAUGGGAGAAGCAGUCAAGACCCACUAAAAAAAUUGACCAAGUCACCAGUGCUGGAUGGCUAUGCUGAUGACGGACCCCAUGAGGAACUCAUACAUGAUGAGAACAAACCUGACCUCGUUACGAGGGUUAAACAGCAGCCACAAAAGACUCUUCGUUCUCGGAAACAACAAAGGAGUAAACCCAAAGCCCCAAUUUUUGCAAUAAGCGGUCUCAUCACACCUGAGAAUGCACAUCUCAUGAAAUUUUUAUUUAGGAAGAAUGGAAUUGGAGAAGACAAGUGGAGUGAAGUAGUAGCUAGUUAUGGUGACUACGCCGUUACUAGAAAGGAAUUUCAGUGUCUCUCUCCAGCAACUCCACUAUCUUGCAAGGUCAUAAACAUAUCUGCGGCGUAUUUGAAUGAGCCGGAGUCAGAACAUUGGUUUCUCCCUUCCUUUUUUGGGGAACGAGCGAGGGUAAAAGAUGAAUCAUGUAGCUAUGCUAAGUGGCUCACAUCAACCAUUGAGAUGUGUGGUCUGAAGAGGUUUCAUCGCCGUCUCCAACAAUGCUCCAAGAUAUUCAUUCCCUUGCACGACAAUAUGGAAGACCACUGGAUUCUGUUAGUCAUGCACCUCCCUGAAAAAAAGGCAGAGGUGCUGGACAGCUUCCCUGAUGUAAGGUCACGUGAGAGGCAAAUGGAUCAUGCAAGAGAUGUGAUGGCAAUGUUGCAGAAGGUAUUUGGUAGUGAAACAACAUGGUCAAACUCCAAAUUUUAUCACUUUCCAUCAUUCACUCUUAACUUUUCGGACUUUAACCCAACACAUGAACAAAGGUCUGAGAGCGGGGUAUUUGUUAUAAGGCACAUGCAGUACUACCGUGGCAUGUGGUCAACAACGUUUCAUUCGGAGGACCAGCGUACUCGAUUGGCACUUGAAAUUGUUCUUCAUCCAAGGAAUGAACACCGUCAAAUAUUGAUUGGAGCAGCAGCAGGAGCGUCGAUGCCGCCAAUAGGUGAAAGUGAGCUAUCUAGCAGUUUAUCCAUACAAGUUCACUGCCCUAUCACUGUACGCUUUUCUGGGAAGAAAAGUAUGAUGCAAAGCAAGCAUGCCAAUUUUGAAGUUCUGCUUCAAGCUUGAAAGUAGCAAGCUGGUGCGAGUCAUUGCAGACCAUUCCAAUGGUGGGGCGGUUAAGUGAUCCCACUAUAGACAUGAUUUUGUUUUGAGUUUCGUGCAGUUCCAACAGGUGAUUAUCCACCAAUUUCUCAUGAA